UGUACAACCGGCUGCUGCCCUACGGAGAGCGGCUGGAGGCCGAGGCCGCCCGGUUCCUGACGCACAUCAAGGACAACCUGGCCCGGGCCGUGCAGCUGCAGGAGCUCUGGCCCGGGGGGCUCUUCUGGACCAGGAAGCUCUCGACGUACAUCCGAUUAUAUGGGAGAAAGUUUAGCAGAGAAGAUCAUGUGCUUUUCAUCAAACUGUUGUACGAGUUGGUAACAAUCCCACGGCUGGAGAUCAGCAUGAUGCAGGGAUUUGCACGCCUCUUGAUAAACCUGCUCAAGUGAGUACACAUUUCUGGAAAAAAACAGCUGCUUUCCAGGGAUGAUUUGGAAUUGCCAUGGAGACCGCUUUAUGAAAUGCUAGAAAGGAUAUUAUACUCCAAAACAGAAAACCUUGGAUUGAAUUGGUUUCCUAAUUCUGUAGAGAGCGUUCUGAAAACACUGGUGAAGAGCUGCAGACCGUAUUUUCCAGAAGAUGCCACUGCAGAGAUGCUGGAUGAAUGGAGGCCUUUAAUGUGUCCUUUUGACGUUACCAUGCAAAAGGCUAUAACCUACUUUGAACUGUUCUUACCCACAACCCUUCCUCCUGCCCUUCACCAAAAGGGUUUCAAGCUCUGGUUCGAUGAAUUUAUAGGCCUUUGGGUGUCAGUUCAGAACCUUCCCCAAUGGGAAGGGCAUCUAGUAAAUCUGUUUGCUCGCUUGGCCACUGACAACAUCGGAUACAUAGACUGGGAUCCAUAUGUACCAAAGAUUUUUACCAGAAUUCUGAGGAGUUUAAAUCUUCCAGUGGGAAGCAACCAAGUUGUUGUUCCAAGAUUCCUGACAAAUGCUUAUGAUGUAGGGCAUGCAGUCAUGUGGAUCACAGCCAUGAUGGGUGGGCCAAGUAAACUAGUGCAAAAGCACCUGUCUGGCUUGUUCAAUAGCAUUGCCUCUUUCUACCAUCCUUCAAAUAACGGGCGCUGGCUGAACAAACUGAUGAAGCUACUUCAGAGGUUACCCAGUGGUGUUGUGAGAAGGCUGCAUCGUGAGCGCUACAAGAAGAUGACGUGGUUAACUCCUGUGCCUGAGAGUCACAAACUUACUGACCAGGAUGUUACAGACUUUGUAGAAUGCAUUAUUCAACCUGUUCUCCUGGCUAUGUUUAGUAAAACUGGAAGCCUGGAGGCUGCUCAAGCCCUGCAGAACCUUGCACUGAUGCGUCCUGAAUUAGUAAUUCCACCUGUACUGGAGAAGACGUACCCUGCACUCGAGACACUGACAGAACCUCAUCAGCUCACAGCCACGUUGAGCUGUGUGAUUGGGGUGGCUCGCAGCCUGGUGUCCGGGGGGAAGUGGUUUCCUGAAGGUCCAACACAUCUGCUACCUCUACUGAUGAGAGCAUUGCCAGGGGUAGAUCCAAAUGACUUCAGCAAGUGUAUGAUUACAUUCCAGUUCAUUGCAACAUUUUCUACUUUGGUGCCUUUAGUAGAUUGUUCAUCUGUAUUGCAAGAAAGAGAUGAUCUGUCAGAGGUGGAAAGAGAAUUGUGUUCUGCAACUGCUGAGUUUGAGGACUUCGUACUGCAGUUUAUGGAUAGAUGUUUUGGACUUAUAGAGAGCAGCACACUAGAACAAACCAGAGAGGAGACUGAAACUGAGAAAAUGACUCACCUGGAGAGUCUGGUGGAACUGGGGCUCUCUUCUACUUUCAGUACAAUCCUUACUCAGUGCUCAAAGGAUAUAUUUAAGGUUGCUUUGGAGAAGGUUUUUAACUUUGCUGUUUCGAACAUAUUUGAGACAAGAGUUGCUGGUCGAAUGGUUGCCGAUAUGUGCCGAGCUGCAGUAAAAUGCCGCCCUGAGGAAUCCCUGAAGCUGUUUGUACCACACUGCUGCAAUGUUAUAACUCACCUCACAGUCAAUGAUGAUGUGUUACAUGACGAAGAACUAGAUAAGGAGCUGCUUUGGAAUCUUCAGCUUUUGUCAGAGAUCACUCGAGUGGAUGGAAAGAAGUUGCUUGUGUACAGGGAGCAGCUUGGGAAGAUACUGCAGCGAACCCUACACUUAACCUGUAAGCAGGGUUACAUUCUGUCUUGUAACCUACUGCACCAUCUUCUCCGUUCUGCUACACUUAUCUACCCCACAGAGUACUGCAGUGUGCCAGGUGGCUUUGACAAGCCUGUUUCUGAAUACUUUCCUAUCAAGGACUGGGGUAAACCAGGUGACCUGUGGAACUUGGACAUCCAGUGGCAUGUUCCUUCCUCUGAGGAAAUAAGCUUUGCUUUUUAUUUGCUGGAUACUUUCCUUCAGCCUGAGCUCAUCAGACUAGAGCACUAUGCAGCUGGAAAACUGGAAAUGUCCAGAGAUGAUGUGCAGCAGUGUCUUGCCAUAGUGCAUAACUGCUUGAUUGGAUCAGGGAACAUUCUGCCUCCUCUGAAAGGAGAAAGGGUGGCUCAUCUGGUCCCAAGUCUGGUGUCUUUGGAAGAGACAAAGCUGUACACUGGUGUUGAGUAUGAUUUAUCAAGAGAGAAUUAUCGAGAAACAAUUGCAAAAGUUAUACGGAAACUGCUGCGCUACAUACUUGAUAAUUCAGAAGAUGAUACCAAGUCUUUAUUUCUAAUAAUAAAGAUCAUCAGUGAUGUUUUACAGUUCCAAGGCUCUCACAAGCAUGAGUUUGACUCACGAUGGAAAAGCUUCAACCUAGUGAAAAAAUCAAUGGAGAACAGGCUUCAAGGAAAGAAGCAGCAUAUCAGAGCUCUGCUGAUAGACAGAGUCAUGUUGCAGCAUGAGCUGAGAACACUGACGAUGGAAGGCUGUGAAUACAAAACUUCCCACCAGGAGAUGAUCAGAGAUCUUUUGUGUUUGUCCACAAGUUCCUACGGUCAGGUCAGAAGUAAAGCUCAGCAAGCAUUCUUCACAGCUCUGGGAACAUACAAUUUCUGUUGCAGAGAUAUCAUCCCCUUGGUUUUGGAGUUCCUGCGUCCUGACCGGCAGGAUGUCACUCAGAAGCAAUUUAAAGGUGCCUUAUAUUGUCUUCUUGGAAACCACAGUGGAGUGUGCUUGGCAAACCUUCACGACUGGGACUGUAUUGCACAGACAUGGCCAGCAAUUGUCUCUUCUGGGCUCAGCAAAGCCAUGUCCUUGGAAAAACCAUCCAUAGUCAGGCUCUUUGAUGACUUAGCAGAAAAAAUCCAUAGGCAGUUUGAAACAAUUGGCUUAGAUUUUGCAGUUCCAGACAAAUGCAUUGAGAUAGCUGUGAUGCUGCAAAAAUCAGAACAUCCAAGUUCAGACUUCACAGGUCUGGGUUCAGAAGAAAUUCAGCUUGGAAUUCAGCGACAGAAAGAGAAGAACACUGAGGCUGUGAGAAACUAUGAAAACUUGAUCAACAUGCUGCUGGACUGUGUGGAACAAAGAAAUCUUCCCUGGAAGUUUGAGCACAUCAGCAUUGGGUUUCUGUCUCUGCUCCUGAGGGAUGACAGGGUACUGCCUGUCCGUGCCAUAAAGUUCUUUGUGCAGUGUCUCAACCACGAUGCAAUAGUGGUUCGGAAGGUGGCCAUCUCAGCUGUGGCUGGUAUUCUGAAGCAGCUUAAGAGACCACACAAGAAAGUGCCCAUCUGCCCUUAUGAAAUAAGUGGAAGCCCAAAGCCUUCCAGCAUUCAGGCUGGUGACAGACCGGAUAACCAGUGGCUGCACUAUGACAGCCAGAGCUUACCAAAGACAAAGGAAGCUUGGGAAUCAUGCUGCUUUGUGGAGAAGACCCACUGGGGAUAUUACACGUGGCCUCAAACUAUGACAGUUUAUGCUCCAGUUGAGCAUCAACCAAAGCUUGGGCGAAGGAGGGAUGAGCUGACAGAGGCAGAACAGAUUAUCUAUGAUCACUUUUCUGAUCCCAAGUUUGUGGAGCAGUUAAUAAAGUUCUUGUCUUUAGAAGACAGAAAAGGAAAGGACAAAUUUAAUCCUCGCAGAUUUUGCCUCUUUAAGGGCCUCUUCAGGAACUUUGAUGAUGCCUUCUUGCCAGUUCUUCAGCCCCAUUUAGAAGAGCUUGUGGCAGACUCCCAUGAAAGCACCCAUAGAUGUGUGGCUGAAAUUAUCGCUGGCUUAAUCAGAGGUUCUAAACACUGGACAUUCGAGAAGGUGGAAAAACUCUGGAAGCUUCUCUGCCCAUUGCUUCGAACAGCUUUGUCCAACAUCACAGUGGAAACAUACAACGACUGGGGCACGUGCAUAGCAACCUCCUGUGAGAGCAGAGAUCCCAGGAAGCUGCACUGGUUAUUUGAAUUGCUGUUGGAAUCUCCACUGAGUGGUGAAGGAGGCUCCUUUGUAGAUGCCUGCCGGCUCUAUGUACUGCAAGGUGGCCUCGCACAGCAGGAAUGGAGAGUGCCAGAGCUGCUGCACAGAUUGCUGAAGUACUUGGAGCCCAAACUCACCCAGGUUUACAAGAACGUCCGCGAGAGAAUAGGAAGUGUUUUGACCUACAUAUUCAUGAUAGAUGUUUCCUUGCCAAAUACUGCUGCAACUAAAUCUCCUCGUGUCCAUGAAUUUACUACCCGGAUACUUGAAAAUCUUAAACCCCUCAUGGAAGCAGAUGAAGAAAUUCAGAAUCACGUUAUGGAAGAGAAUGGAAUUGGUGAACAAGAUGAGCGAACUCAGGGCAUUAAACUCUUGAAAACCAUUCUGAAGUGGCUGAUGGCGAGUGCAGGACGGUCCUUCUCUACAGCUGUCACAGAGCAGCUUCAGCUCUUACCUUUGUUUUUCAAGAUUGCACCAGUAGAAAACGACAAUAGCUAUGAUGAGCAAAGAGAUGCUAAGAUGUGUUUGUCGUUAAUGUCUCAGGGUUUGCUGUAUCCUCAGCAAGUGCCUUUGGUACUUCAGGUGCUAAAACAAACAGCAAGAAGCAAUUCUUGGCAUGCUAGAUAUACCGUGCUAACCUACCUCCAGACCAUGGUGUUCUACAACCUCUUCAUCUUCCUCAACAACGAGGAAGCAGUCAAUGACAUUAGAUGGCUGGUUAUAGAGCUCCUGGAGGAUGAGCAGCUUGAGGUGAGGGAGAUGGCUGCUACCACACUUAGUGGCCUGCUACAGUGCAACUUCCUCACCAUGGACGGGCCCAUGCAGACCCACUUUGAGCAGCUCUGCAAGAUGAGGCUCCCCAAGAAGCGCAAGCGAGACCUGGGCUCUGUGGUGGACACAAUUCCUUCUGGUGACCUGGUGAAGCGCCACGCUGGUGUGCUGGGACUUAGCGCCUGUAUCCUGUCAAGCCCAUACGAUGUUCCCACCUGGAUGCCACAGCUCCUGAUGGAUCUCAGUGCCCACCUGAAUGAUCCUCAGCCAAUUGAGAUGACUGUGAAGAAAACACUGUCCAAUUUCCGGAGGACCCAUCACGACAACUGGCAGGAGCACAAACAGCAGUUCACAGAUGACCAGCUACUGGUGCUCACUGACCUCCUGGUGUCACCCUGCUACUAUGCAUAGACAGGUUUCUCCUGGGAAAAUGAGGGCAUAGGAACCUUUCUGUGAAAUAAAAGCAACUCAGAAAACGAUCAUGUAGAAAACUUUGUGUGGGAAACCCUGAUGCCUGAUCAAAACCACUUUUAGAUGCAAACAUAAAGACCUGGUCCUGUUCAAAAAGAAUCUCACCUCCCCGGGGAGCAGCUGUGGGAGCCCCACAGCCUCCUUGUACCUGCACUUGCAGAGCCCAGUUGAGUUUAUCACCAGACCCUUCUCAUUGGCCUCCACUGCACAUCAGUCUUGUUUCUGCUCCCUUGCACACAGUGACUUACACUGCACUUUUCUCACCCUCUUUCUCUGAUCCUCCUCUCAGCUCUGUCCAUCAUCAAAGAUAUGCAGACCCAGCGAGUGCUGCAAACCACAGUGGAGCUCUCCAGUUCCCUUGAUGCAACUUUGUGCCCACUCAGUGUACAGUACCAGGAACCUCUCCUCAGAGGUUAUUCUUCACUACUUGGAUUGAGUGCCCAUCAGGUGAUGGGCUCUCUGCCAUCCAGUCCACCUCAGGGCAGGAUUGCCUUUUUGUACCUUGUCACAUGUACAUAGCUGAUCUCCUGUGCAGUGUAGAUGAUGGCAGGACAAACAUGGGGAGUGAAAGCUCUUGCUGCCUGGCCAGGUCUCCAGAGGUAGCUUGAUCACAUGUGGAAUAAUCAUCUGUGGUUAUCUGCUUACUUUUAAGGGUGAGAGGACUCUGGGUGUUUCCACAUCACUAGAGCCCACAGAUGUGGAAUUAUGGACUAUCAGGUGAUGGCUGAUUCACAGAGUGAAGCGUGUGCAUGGUGUGGAUGGCUCAUGGCUCCUCACAGGGAGCAUCACUUGCUUGGAGAUGGUGGGAGCUCUGUAAUUUCUUGCCUGCAGCUUUGUUCAGAGACUGGUAUCUAUUGGCUAUUUAACACCAUGUUUAAUAUGUGUUACAUAGUUGUAAAAGACUGUAUAAAGUGUAGAGGCAUUGCAUUGACAAAACAUUGUACAGUUUGCAACCUUUUAAUAACACCAUUGUGAGAUUACUUUGUAAAGAUUCAUACUUAGAUGUUAAUACAGUAGUAGCUCUGGCUUUUGUAUCGAAUCAAAUGCCAUUAUUAUUAGUUUUUUAAAUUAUUUUCUUUAACAGAAUCUCUCUUUGUGUCUGAAAAGCAGGAGGGUUUGCUUUGGGUUUCCUGUAUCUCAUUCUUACUCUGUCUCGUUCAGAUCUUAACGCAGCACUCGUGGCCAUCCCAAAUGCUGGCAUCACACAUUCUAGUGUGAUAGGCUCCUAGAACGUGAGGUACAUUGAAACAGUUCAUAACCUGGUGUGUGAUUCAACUUCCCUGCAGCCCUUCAGGAGCAUCUCAAGUGAUCUUCCUGCUGAGUGCGUGGCUCAUUCUGCACCUGCAAGCACAGCAGUGCUCCUGGGGCAGCAUCCACCGAGUGUCAGCACACGGAUGUAACCACUGUAUAGCGUAGUGCCAAAUCAUUACUUCAAUUGUGUAUGUAGUUGAAGACAAAAUAAAUGGACUGUUUGUAACA